AUGGUGCGUGAUGAUGAUGAUGAUGAUGAUGAUGAUGACGACGACGACGACGACGACGACGAUGACGACGACGACGACGACGACGACGACGAUGAUGAUGAUGAUAAAUCUGUGCCGCCGUAUCCACCGUGAAGUGAUAAAGGUCGUGGCUGGGAAGGCUGCUAACAAACCGAGUAACUCACUCCCCUCAGGACGGAGAUUCAGGCCGAGACGACCCUUUAUGAGCGCGACCUCUACAAAAUUUCAACUUAUAUGGGAUCCGAGCGGCCCCUUUUCGUGAAAACCACCCCCUAUAUGGAUACCAGCUCGUGUGAGGAACGCGUAAACGGUGUGUUAGUGUUGUCAGGAAUUGUGCCCGUAUUCGCCUCUAGUCGCCCUAACUCUGUUCUGCCAACGGGAUCCAAGGCGUGAAGGAAGAAGGAGGGUGGAAGGUCAUAGGUCACUAAGGAAAAAACAAAUUCGCAUGCAAGUCACCAUCCUGCGCUCAUUACAUUGCGGGGCACAUGGUAGACAACGUAGUUCGCAACAAUUGAACUGUGAUUUGAGUAUGUUUGUAUCUCCCAUUUGCGUUCCAGUCUGGUUAGUUCACGUAGAAUGAUGUAACAGAAGGCGCGUUGCACACGUAGAUGGGGGCUUCAACACCAUGCCAGGCUCGCCGACCAUUUCCAUUACCGGCCGGCCAAGUCCUGGACGGGCUAGUGCGACAGCAGAGAGGGCAUAACAAGGUGGAUUAUGAAGUAUUCCCAUUGAAAAUCAGUUUACUCCGCACGAUGAAAGUGUAUGCGUUUUCUAAUCUAUCCUGGAGAACCAGAAGUGGCGGCUUUUUAAAAUGUCAGCUAGCAGGGGACCUCGGUCCCCAGCUGCAACAAGAACCAAGCCACGUUGGCCUUAUCAUACGGCCUCUCUAUAUAUAUAUAUAUAUAUAUAUAUAUAUAUAUUCACCUGAUUAUUCUCUGGAGUUCAUAUACCGGAAGCCGCUAGAGAACGCUGGGGGUCCCACUGAAGAGCCGAACCCCUCGCAGCUGUGUCACGCAGCGGCAGAAUAUCGGCGAAACACGUGUCUGGGCUUUUAGCAAGUAUCUAGGUCGGGAGUACGGUAUAAUACCUUUACCAUAUGAACUUUAUACUACUCGUAGUACUACUUGUUUGUAGAAUGGGCAUUACGUGGUUAUUCCACAGUAGUUGAUUGUCUUCGACUCAAAUGUUCAUUGAAAUUUCGGUUCUGACCCUAAAAUGUCAUGUCCCGGAGAUUUAACUCCAAGUUCUGCACUGAUUAAUUUCUGAAAUUAUUCACCUGAUAUAUAUAUAUGUAUAUUGCUAAUAGAAGCGAAGAUUCGAGUCCCCGGACAUAAAUGGGAAGAAGAGGCGAUCUCGGGAACCAUAAUUGUAUUGUCCUGACGUUUCAAAAGCAGACAAGCUUUCAUCGUCGGAGGUGAGUAUCGUACGGCAUCACACAGUAUUUAUAGGAGGGGGAUAGAUAUCAGUCAUGCUAACACGGUGGUAAUUAUAGGGGGGAGGGGGUGGUUAAUCGGCUUUGGCGCUAAUGGCCCGCAUACGCACAGGGAUCGUCUAUGUAGUCGCCGGGGCAGAGCGGGAGGGAGGGUGACUGCUGUCAAUCUGCCUGUCUCUCGUCGGGGGGCGGCAUUUAAACGUUGGUCGCCAUCGCCCGCAUUCGCGUUGACCUUAAUUGUCGUGCUGGGUUGCUAGUCUUGAUUGCAUCCCUCUGAUCGCGUUUCUCCCCGUCAGGCCAAAAUCGGGUGACAGAACAGCCAAAAGUCUGGCGUGCACUGCCAUACAUCGACGGCGUCUCUGAGGCAGUUUCCCGCCUCCUAAGGCCCUUGGGGAUCGGGAUCGCUCAUCGACCAGACUCAACCAUUCGGCAUUUGGUUAUGAGACCGAAGGCCCCCCUGCCACGAGGUGAGACGACAAACGUCAUCUACCGGGUCCAGUGUAACUCUUGUCAAGCAAACUACGUCGGAGAGACAGGCAAACGGUUACAAACUCGCGUUAAUGAACACAUGCGGGCAGUGAGGAGAAUGGACCCAUUGUCUCUGGUGGCGGAACACUGCGCGGACUCUGGACACACUUUUGCCUUCCAGAACGCCAAAAUUCUGGGUCGAGGCAACGACCGCGUAGCCAGGGAAACGAUCGAGGCCUGGCACACGGAAACAACCUCAAUAAACCGUUGCGUCGCCCUCCCGACAGCAUACCAAGCCCUCCAGACGCAGCUCAACGAACUAAAGGGCAAGCGCGAGGUCAGGCCGGACGUGGAUCUAAACACGGGAGAGCCUACGACGGACCUGCACGUAGCCAUACCGCAAAUCGGGCCCGACGAAGGCGCAGUCAUCAAUACUGUUGCCUCAACUACUACUCCGGCAGACGGGGAGAAACGCGAUCAGAGGGAUGCAAUCAAGACUAGCAACCCAGCACGACAAUUAAGGUCAACGCGAAUGCGGGCGAUGGCGACCAACGUUCAAAUGCCGCCCCCCGACGAGAGACAGGCAGAUUGA